AUGUUUCGUUUGCGGAAAAAUAAGUUUCAACAGAUAGACAAUGCAAUGGAAAGCAGGUAUGAAUAUUUUCAAUUGAGGUAUGAUGCGAGAGGUAAACGAGAUUUUACAAGGUUGCAAAAAUGUUUUGCUACAAUCAAGCUUAUGGCUUUGGGGGAAUCACUCGAAACUAUUGAUGACUAUAUGAGAACGUCAGAGCGAACUGCACGAGAAAGUUUGUAUAGAUUGGCGAGAGGUGUUAUCGAAACCUUCGGUGACAAAUACUUGCACAAACCUUCAUUGAAUGACAUGCAACAACUAUAUGCGGUGCAUAAAGAACGACAUGGUUUUUCGGGAAUGCUUGGAAGCAUUGAUUGCACAAAAUGGAUAUGGAGAAAUUGUCCUGUGGCGUGGAAAGGUCAAUGCACAAGUGGUCAUCUUAGAUCGCCUUCGUUAAUAUUAAAGGUUGUUGCGUCACAAGACUUAUGGAAUCGGCAUGUUUUUUUUGGAGUUGUUGGUUCUAACAACGACGUAAACGUUCUUGAUUAG